CACAAACAUUGAAUUUGAAUAAAUUUCCCCGUACAGUGUCGUCCACUAUGUGGCUAUAAAAUGGAAGCAUUGAAGGUUGUUUCCUCAGGCCAAGAUCUUGGAUAGUAAUUAACCUCACUCAAACUCGGGAUCACAGAAACCAACAACAGUUCUUGCACUGAGGUUUCACGAUGUUGCUGGAACUUGCACUUGGUUUGUUUGUGUUAGCUUUGUUUCUGCACUUGCGUCCCACACCAAGUGCAAAAUCAAAAGCACUUCGCCACCUCCCAAACCCUCCAAGCCCAAAGCCUCGUCUUCCCUUCAUUGGCCACCUUCACCUCUUAAAAGAUAAACUUCUCCACUAUGCACUCAUCGAUCUCUCCAAAAAGCAUGGCCCCUUAUUCUCUCUCUCCUUCGGCUCCAUGCCAACCGUCGUUGCCUCCACCCCUGAGUUGUUCAAGCUCUUCCUCCAAACCCACGAGGCAACUUCCUUCAACACAAGGUUCCAAACCUCUGCCAUAAGACGCCUCACUUACGACAACUCUGUGGCCAUGGUUCCAUUCGGACCUUACUGGAAGUUCGUGAGGAAGCUCAUCAUGAACGACCUUCUCAACGCCACCACCGUCAACAAGCUCAGGCCUUUGAGGACCCAACAGAUCCGCAAGUUCCUUAGGGUUAUGGCCCAAAGCGCAGAGGCCCAGAAGCCCCUUGACGUCACCGAGGAGCUUCUCAAAUGGACCAACAGCACCAUCUCCAUGAUGAUGCUCGGCGAGGCUGAGGAGAUCAGAGACAUCGCUCGCGAGGUUCUUAAGAUCUUCGGCGAAUACAGCCUCACUGACUUCAUCUGGCCUUUGAAGUAUCUCAAGGUUGGAAAGUAUGAGAAGAGGAUUGAUGACAUCUUGAACAAGUUCGACCCUGUCGUUGAAAGGGUCAUCAAGAAGCGCCGUGAGAUCGUCAGAAGGAGAAAGAACGGAGAAGUUGUUGAGGGCGAGGCCAGCGGCGUCUUCCUCGACACUUUGCUUGAAUUCGCUGAGGACGAGACCAUGGAGAUCAAAAUUACCAAGGAGCAAAUCAAGGGCCUUGUUGUCGACUUUUUCUCUGCAGGGACAGAUUCCACAGCGGUGGCAACAGAGUGGGCAUUGGCAGAGCUCAUCAACAAUCCCAGGGUGUUGCAAAAGGCUCGUGAGGAGGUCUACAGUGUUGUGGGCAAAGAUAGACUCGUUGACGAAGUUGACACUCAAAACCUUCCUUACAUUAGGGCCAUUGUGAAGGAGACAUUCCGAAUGCACCCACCACUCCCAGUGGUCAAAAGAAAGUGCACAGAAGAGUGUGAGAUUAAUGGGUAUGUGAUCCCAGAGGGAGCAUUGGUUCUUUUCAAUGUUUGGCAAGUAGGAAGGGACCCCAAAUACUGGGACAGACCAUCAGAAUUCCGUCCCGAGAGGUUCUUAGAAACUGGUGCUGAAGGGGAAGCAGGGCCUCUUGAUCUUAGGGGCCAGCAUUUCCAACUCCUCCCAUUUGGGUCUGGGAGGAGAAUGUGCCCUGGUGUCAAUUUGGCUACUUCAGGAAUGGCAACACUUCUUGCAUCUCUUAUCCAAUGCUUUGACCUGCAAGUGCUGGGCCCUCAAGGACAAAUAUUGAAAGGUGAUGAUGCCAAAGUUAGCAUGGAAGAGAGAGCUGGCCUCACAGUUCCAAGGGCACAUAGUCUCGUUUGUGUUCCACUUGCAAGGAUCGGCGUUGCAUCUAAACUCCUUUCUUAAUUAAGAUAAUCAUCAUAUACAAUAGUAGUGUCUUGCCAUCGCAGUUGCUUUUUAUGUAUUCAUAAUCAUCAUUUCAAUAAGGUGUGACUGGUACUUAAUCAAGUAAUUAAGGUUACAUACAUGCACAUGUAUCAUCUCCCA